AUGUCGACGAUUCAGCACCAGCGAUUUCCCGCGGGAAUGGCCCCACUUGAGCAGCUUCCCCAGGAAGUACUAGAGAUAAUCGCCCAAUUCUGCGGCGAUGUCGCAGGUGUAUCGCCCUCUGAACAGGAAGACAGCUUUACCGAAGUCAUCACCAACUCAUACCUGGAUUCGGUAACAUCCUAUAUCUGGCAGCCGUCGUACAGCGACCUUCGAACCUUGUCCCUGGUUUCCAAGACUUUUCUCGAUCCCGCUCGGCGCGCCUUAUACAAGGUCGUCGUAGUCAAGAGCACCAGCGAGCUUGUGCGCCUGUUGCGCGACUUGCUGCUUCAUCCUGAGAAUAGGCGCUACGUGCGCUUCUUGGUAGUCAAAAUUGAGGACCAUGCUCGCCCAUUGCCGAUGCGAUUCACCAAGCCCCAGCCUCUGGUCCUUGGCGACCGGAACAACUUUACAUUCUCACUUCCCGUGAUUUAUUCCACCGAGAUUAAUCUUCACACACUUGAAGACCAGCUCAUGACAGCGACCAUCCAACUAUGCCCAGGACUAACAACCGCUCGCAUCAGCUUUGGAACACCCCAGCGCCAUAUUGAACAACCGGAGCCAGCGAGCCAGCCAGUCCGCGACCCUCCCAUUUACGUCAGCCUACUUGAGGAUCGCCACUCGAGCCUGAAAUCUCUCACCCUUGACUUCGGCGCGCUUCUAUCGCUAACAAACUUCAAGCGAUACGUGCCGGGCUACCGAGUUGGUUGCCCACCCUCCAUCGAGCGCCUAACGCUCGUGGGCAACGAGACGGAGUCGACGCUCCCGUACCACUUGUUCGACCUCAAUAUUUUCUCGAAAUGGCUCGGCACAAACAACAAGCUGCGCGAACUUCGCAUGCUGCACGGCUUUGACAAGCUUGUGACCUAUAAGCGGUUUAACUCGACUCAGCCGCAGAGGGUGACUUGGAAUUCCAUCCUUCGCGCAUACCGUAGCACCCUCGAGGUCUUGGUACUGGACUGGUACCACCAUUUCACCGCCGUCCCCCAGGCGCGCUUUGGGCGUUCUGAAACGCUCGACUGUCUGGUCGACAUGACGAAACUUCAUGACCUCCAGGUGCCACUCAAUGCUCUGAGCGGCAGAGAGUUCGGUCUCCCUCCGCAUGCAGAGGAUUGGGAGGUUACCCGGUUCAUGCGGACUGGACUUCCUCCUCAGUGGAGGAAGAUCAAUGUCAUGGUUAUGAAUCCGUUACGGCGCGGCAGCACCGGAGGAAUAACGUCGGUGACGUGGAGGGUCAUCGAACUCCGGCUGUAG